AUGGAAAAUCAAAAGGUGCAGAAAAAACAGUGUGAUCUGAAAACAGAUCUGAACUUACUGCUUGAAUGCCUUAAAUAUCAGAUGGACUGCCCUGUAUCUCAGAAAGAGGCUUUGAUCACUAUUUAUUCAAUUUGUCAACAAAACAGUGAAGCAAGUGAAUAUUUUCGAGAAAUUGGUGGUUUGAUGUUUAUAAAUGAUCUUGCAAAGUCAAGUGCUCAUUGCAUAGUAAAGGAAGCAGCUUUAUUUACAUUAGGAAUUAUAAUAGAGAGUAAUGUUUAUUGUCAACAAACUUUGUGUACUUCUGCAUUGUUUGAAGACCUCAUUUUAUUUUUAAUUAACAAGGAUUCUGGUGUGAAUUUGAAAAGAAUGUCUGUUUAUGUCAUCUUAGUGCUGGUUUCAAAUAAUAAAAGUGGGCAAACCUAUGUCAGAGAUACAGGCUGCAUUAGUCUUCUGCUACAGUUAUUCAGAACAACUCUUUCCACAUCUGAGGUGAAUCUGUCAGAUGAAAAUACCAAUCAGUGCUAUCAGCUGUGGUCUUCAGUCUGCAGUACUCUCUGUGCCUGUGUUAACAAUCCUCAGAAUGAAGACAAUCAAAACAUUUGCUGUUCAGUUUUUCCAUAUGCCAAAGCGUGGCUCGAAAGCUGCACAGAGCCCGAGAUAGUUCGUCCCAUUUGUUCGUUUGUUGGUCUCACAGUUGCAAAUAACACAUAUGUACAGAAAUAUUUUGUUUCUGUUGGAGGAUUGGAUACAUUAGCUAAAGUUCUCGUCAAGCUAAUGCAUGAUUCCUGCAUGAGUCACUCCAACACAAAACUGGCAGUAGUAGUAACAAAGACUCUGGAUGCCUGCAUUGCUAAUGACUCUGCCAUAGGUGUUGUCCUGACAAAGUAUCACACUGUGUCAGAGCUACUGAAGCUGCUGUCCAAUGACACUCUGGAUGCAGGAGAAAAAAUUAGUAUUAUUCUAACCAUUGGACAUUGUACUGAAGUUUGUGAAGAAAACCAGUGUGAACUGCUCCAGAACAAUGGUCUUCCACUUAUGAUUCAGGUAUUAACCGAGUCUCAGGAUGAAGAACUAAACAAAGCUGCUACUUUUGUGCUGCAAAACUGCAAACAAAUGACUGAAAAAUUGUCCCUGAAAAUAAAUGAUAAUUCAUUAAAUGUGAACAAUGCAGAAGAGCUGGAUGUGCAAGUCAGAAAAAGAAGUCUACAAGACUACUGGAAGAAAGCAAAAGAAAUUUUACACAGAAUAAACUUGAUUGAAAAAGAACAUUAUGAGGAAAAAGUGCAAGGAAGAGUAUUUGUAGACAAAUCUUCAGAAGCCAAUAUUGAAGCAUCGAAAUAUCAUGAAGUGAAUCCUGCUAAUGCACAAACUUAUAUAGAAGGAACACACAAAGUAGUACAUUUUCCACAGUUGACUUCUAAGUUGGGUGUUCAAGUUCAUGCUCCAUCUGUAAAUUUAUCUCCACUGAAAAAUGAAAUAGUGAACACCAUGGAUCCAGUAAAUGCUUCUACUAGACAAAGUCAACAGAGUAAUAUUCCACGUAACAACCUGCAAACAGACCGUGUACUUCAGAGUCACGGUAUAAAUGAAAAAACUGCUUAUGUAAAAAAUAAUUCUAUUCUUCAAGUAAGUGAACACUUAUUUAAACAACCAGCAGAGACUGUUAAAAAUAUGAAACAGACAUGCACAUCAGAUCAACUUUCAUUCUACUCAAAGAUAACCAAGGAAGAAAAAAGUACUUCAGCUGUAUCUGCAUCCCAUAAAAUGGCAGAUUUAAGGUGUUUAGGUUGUACAGCAGGAGGACUGUCCUUCAAUAGUAAAACCUUUACCAAGAUGUUGCAAAGUUGCCGAUACCAGUGUGACCAUCACAAAGUCAUUCUGGAAGCUGAAGAAAGAUAUAAAAAGGAACUUCGCAAAUUGGCUGUUUGUAACAACAGUAGAUGUGCAACUUAUGAGAAAAUACUGCUGACACCAGUGAAGAAGGAAAGACUGCGUACAGAAAUACCAACUUUUAGGAGCAAAAUGGCUAGUUUCCAAAGUAUUCUUUUGACUCCAAUUAGAAAAAACAAAUCGAAUACUUCAAAUAGAGAUGAACGUGGUAAAAAUACUAGGUUGACUGAUGACUAUAACUUGAUACCUACGUAUGAAAACUCUUUCAAAAAACCCCAAAAUGCUAACUUGAAGAGAAAAAGAGUCAAAGAAAUGUGCAUCCGGGAAUGCCAGCGCUUAAAAGAAAAUUGCAUAUAUUCGCUUGACAAAGAUAAGAACGAUGAAGUAUGUCCCCUGGAUGUGAACACAAGAACUUUAAACAAGAGGAGAAGAAGAACCCGAAAAGAUUUCACAACUGAAGAAGUUAACAGUCUUUUAAAUGGAGUAAAAAAAAUGGGUAAUCACUGGAAUUUAAUUUUGUGGUCUUAUCCAUUUCAGAAAGGACGGACAAACGUUGAUCUUUCCAAGAAAUACUACAGAUUACAGUUGCAA